AAUUCGACAAGAUGCGACUGUAAAGGCGUGUGUUCUAGAAAGGAUGGAAGCAAGAGAAAAGGGUGUCCGUGUAAAACUAAAGGGACGUUUUGCACGUCAGAUUGCCAUUGUGGAAGUCGAAGUAAACCCUGUCAAAAUAAGGGAGACUAUGUCAGACCAGCUAGACCAGAGAAACGUGCGCGAACACAACAACAACAACAACAGCAACCUGGAGCUUCUCAGACAAGAAUCUCAGAAUUUGAGGAGUGUGACAGAGAACACCAAGCAGUAAAGAAUUUUAUCUCCAAUUUAGAAGAAAGAACUCUUCGUUCCCUUUCUAUACGUGUCUUGUCAAGAGGGAUUGGAAGUAUGGAUUACAUUCAAAGCCAGUUAGUAGGAGUAGAGGAUGACGAUGAAAGACCCCAAAUGGUUAAUGCUUAUGGGAGUCCAAUCCGUUCAAUACAAGUGGCAGAUGAACCCUCACUUGCYACCCCAGCAUCCCCAAAUCCAUCUACUAGCCUGCAUUCAUUACACGAAACAAACCUGGACACCAUAACUGAAGACCCCCCUCUUACAUAUCAGACUCCAGUCAAUGUCAUGCAUUUAUCAUCAGAACCCGAGAUAAGAUCUGCAUCUACAGAUAUUACUGACAGCACUCCUUUACCAAAUGUAAGCCCCAUGAACUCAGAGCAAACCCCAUCAGAGUCCACUYAACAGCAGMAUACAGUUCCACAAUGGUGUAGAUGUGGACGUUGCAGAGAAAUGCCAAAAUUAAUAGAGAACGUUUGUUGUCGUGUYWGAAGCUGCGUGUCUGAAACACUGAGGUUUUACAAGCUCUGCCUUGAUCCAGACGUGCUUUCUGUUGCUGUAUUGAAUCAUGCAGAUAUUAGAAAUGACCCAUUUGACAAUAGUACAAGGCAAUUCAGAAAAGCUGCAUAUAGGCAAUUUAUCCUCGAUAAGCAUGGACACUUGGGAAGGGGAAACAGAAGGGUUGUUCCCUCCUGUAUUGUUUGGAAAGUUAGAAACAAAUACCCUUCACCAACUGRUAUCUACAUGGGAUUUAGAGAAAACUGAUUURUUACAUUGAUUUCUGGUUUACUUUUAGUCAUUAUUUCACAGGUAUCACAUUAUAUGGUUGUAAAAAAUACAAGUUGCAGUUUUCAUCGUAUUGUCAACAAUGUUUUCCAGGUGUAACACUGUCAGAGAAGUAUUAAACUUUUGAUUUUUCAUUUAUUUUGUCAAAACGACUUUUUUCGCUUUGCCGUAAUUCCCUGACUGAUGGAGGGGCCACAUGAGCAAUUGUASUAGCAAUGCGGYGAGCAUCACUUAGGGACAUUUCCAUGAAAUCUUGCAUACAUCCCUCAUCUUCUUUUCGCUUCUGGAAUAUCCUUSCUGUUAAUAUCGGGAUGUAUGCAUAGUCUUUUACAGACUUCAGAGCAAAUGCCCUCCAGUGCUUUGACCGUGGAUUGUAUUUGYGGCUGUAUUUAUUUCCUGAUGSUGUGYGGUAAAGAUGGUAAUUGUGGUCAAUUACAGCUAGGGUUUUGCGAGCAUGAAAUGCUUUCAUCCUAAUAAUGA